AUGCAGGACGAGUGUAAUGGCUUUAUCUUUUCUUGUCGUGGCAAGCCUAAAGAUACUUUAUUAUUAGGUCCUGAUAGUCGGACUAGCAAAACCUCUAAAAGUGAUAAAACUUCUAAAAGUGAUAAUCGUGUUUUUGCCUUUUCAUUUGCUAAAUGUCCUAAUAAGGUAAUAUCAGUUGGAAAGACAGGGGGUGGAGUUGAUUUAGAUCGGAGUAAAAGUAAGGUUAGUAAGUCUAGUGUUAAUAAGGUUAGUAAAACUAGUGCAGCAACUAUUACUGCUAAUAAGGUGGGUAAGGCUAGUGCAGCAACUACUACUAAUAAGGUGAGUAAGGCUACUACUAAUAAGGUGAGUAAGACUACUACUACUAAUAGUAAUACUAACUCAAGUAAGUCGGCAAUGCCUUUGUUUCGGUUUAGCAUAGGUGGUGUAAGUAAUAGUAAUAAUAAGAGUGAUGUAUUGUGUAAGAGUAAGGGUAAAGGUGAUGUUAGUAAAAGUGACGUAGGUGUAAGUAAGAGUGACGUAGGUGUAAGUAAGGGCAAAACAGUCGGGCGGAAGGGCAAGCAGGUUAAGAAGAGUGAAGAAGUGGUGGUGAGUAGUGGUGAGUCCUUUAAGGAUCGGCUGAUGAUGGCUGGGGGUGUAAGUACUAAAAACGUAGUGGAAGAUAAGAAUUUAGGAGAUAAGAAUGUAGUGGAGGAUAAGAAUGUCGCAAUAGAUAGCGCGGCUGUAAGUGAGAUGGUAGAAGAUGUAAUAAUUAAGGAUGUAAUCGUAGAUAGUGGAGAUAAUGUUGGAGAUGUUGUGGUUGAUGGGGAUACGGUUGAUGAGGCUAAGAAGAUGACCACUCUUGGACUGUCUCUGGGUAGUGUAGUUAGAGGCCGGCGUAUGACAUUAGGAGGAGGAGUAAGUGGAGUGCUAGAGACUCCUUUGAAAAGAAGACGGGUGUCUCUGAAUACUUAUACCUUAUCACAAGAACAAAGACCUUCUAUCUUUAGCUUUCGACGUAAUAGUGUGGUCGAUGGGGAGCAGAUGUAUAAUGGAAGUGUAUCUCCAAGUGACUUUCAUAAACACUCUAAUGAAGAUCUGUGCACACGAGCUAGGAUUAAACAGGUGCUUAUUUGGUGCACUAAGUAUGUGUCUUGUCAGCUAGUGGAUGAACUGAAUGAAAUACCUCGAGAACGAGUUGUGGCUAUCUGUGAGAAGUACCUUAAGAAAAUACCCCGUUUGACUAUUAGUCAUCGGGAUGGAAUUAGUCAGCCGAUUGAAAGUACUGGUGUGCAAGAGGCUAUUAAUUCUUUGCAAGGUGACACUUAUCGCUAUGGAGUGGAGAUAGAGAAAUGGGAGAAGAUUUAUGGCCAGACAUUACGGGCCUAUCGGCUUACAAUGCCUUUGCUAGGAACGGGAGAGUCUCCGGUAACAAUGAUGGCUUCGGGUGGCGAGACAAGGUCUAUACUUGUCUCUUUUGAUAUGACACUCAUUCCGAGUUCCUCAUAUGAUGCCAUGUCGUUGCUGUUCCGGCGGAUAGAAAGUAUGCGUGCUGCGCUUAGUACAUCGAGAUACUUUGUGGUUUUGACUGCUGAGUAUAUUAAGAGAGUCACAACGUCUCUCUUGGAAGCAGCCCAUCCCCAGGAUAAGGCUCGAGCCAAUGCCCUUCUCCAGGCCCUCUGCCAAAUGGCUCGUAAAGAAAGAGUGUAA